AGAGAGAGAAGAUGGUCCACCACAGAGAGGAGGAUCUGAUCGGAAUCCCCUUCCCGAAUCACAGCAGCGACGUCCUCUGCAGCCUCAACGAGCAGCGUCGCGACGGGCUGCUCUGCGAUGUCAUCCUCAUCGUCCGAGACCAGGAGUACCGCACCCACCGCUCCGUCCUGGCCGCCUGCAGUCAGUACUUCAAGAAGCUCUUCACAGUGGCCACUACUGAUGGCGGAGAUCCCAAUCACGCCGCGGCUGUGUAUGAAAUUGACUUUGUGGCUCCAGAGUCGCUCACAGCCAUCCUGGAGUUCGCCUACACGUCCACGCUGACUGUGACGGCGUCAAACGUCAAAGAGAUCCUGAAUGCAGCUCAGAUGCUGGAGAUACCCUGCAUCAUUAACGUUUGCCUGGAGAUCAUGGACAGCGGUGGCGGAGGGGGUGGCGGCGGGGGUGGGAGAGAGGUGGAAGGGGAGGAAGAUGAAGAGGAGGAAGAAGAAGAGGAGGAAGAGGAAGAGGAGGAGGAAGAGGAGGACGCGGGGUCGAGAAAGGAUGAGCACGAGGAAGAGGAGGACAAUGUCAGCGAGAGGUCGCUCCAGUCUUCCACGAGCAGGGGGGAGCGGACGCCCCCGGGGAUGGAGGAUUCGCCACCUCCGAGCACCUCUAAGUACCACCAGCAGUUCGGGCUGCACAGGGAGACGCCCCGGUCGCAGUCUCCAGAAACCAUGAGAAAGCAGGAGAGCAUUGAGACUCGAGCUCUGAAAGAUUUCUCCAUCGAGUCUCUCCUGCAGGAAGGGCUCUACCCUCGCAUGCCAGCACUGGACAGGAGGUCCAACUUUUCUCCUCUCCUCCCAGGAUUCUACCCCCCAAUGUGGGCCGCUGAGUUCCCAGCUUUCCCUCAGCAGCUUCUGGAGCCAGCCCACCACCCUCACAUGGGGUCUUCACCACAAACCAGGCUCCCCCACAGCUUCCCUGCCUCCACACCACUCGAAGCCUCCAGACCCCUUGAUCUGGCCGUAAAAAGAGAGAUCAUAAAAGAGGAGAUGAAAGAUGAAGUCCCUCCCAGUAUGCUCCAAGGCGAACUGCUGAAGGAGUUUGUCAGCUCGAACCUGGACGGCACUAUGAACGCAGGGUCAGUGCCAGCAGAGAGUCAUCCGCUGGGUCCCAUUAAGGAUGAGGCAGACUUUCGAUCGUACCUGAGUUUUCUGAGCUCCGCAUCCCACCUGGGUGCGCUGUUCCCCCCCUGGCAGCUGGAGGAGGAGAGGAAGAUGAAGCCCAAAGCAUCACAGCAAUGUCCCAUCUGCAACAAGGUCAUUCAAGGAGCUGGGAAACUGCCACGGCACAUGAGGACACACACAGGGGAGAAACCAUACAUGUGCACAAUCUGUGAAGUACGAUUCACCAGACAAGACAAGCUGAAGAUCCACAUGCGGAAGCACACAGGUGAACGCCCCUACAUCUGCCUUCACUGCAACUCCAAGUUUGUCCACAACUACGACCUGAAAAAUCACCUGCGCAUCCACACGGGCGUCCGUCCGUAUCAGUGCGAACACUGCUACAAAAGUUUCACGCGGUCUGACCACCUGCAUCGGCACAUCAAGCGGCAGAGCUGCCGAAUCUCACGCCCCCGGCGGGGACGGAAGCCAGCUGCUUGGCGUUCAGCGCCCCCCGGCAACUUCCUGUGUCCCCCUACUGCUGCGACCAACCGGUUCGAGGAGAGCAGGUUGAGCCCCGCGUACCAGGGGGUCAAGAGUCACGCACUUGGGGAGCUGCUGGGCCUCGGGAACAGAGGUCAGGGGUUUAAGAGCGCGGACGCUGCCGGCAGAGAGAGUAGGGAGGAGCUGCGGGCAGAAGGGAAGCACAUCUCGGAGGAGGAGAAGCCGGGAGCUGGGAGGCAGAGGGGAGUGUUUGCUUUUGCUCUAGCUGGAGAAGAAGUGCUUGCCCAAUCUCCAUAUUAUGCUGCGACCUCUAACCCCUGGGCCAUGAGGCUGGAGCGGGCUCCACCCAUCCCUGAGCCGGCCAAAUGAACACUGGUCUGCAGAAGACAAAAGGAAAAAAAAAAGACAAAGAAAAUGUCUUUAAUCUCUGCAUCUCAUCUGCUCCAGAAAGCUAAAGCACCUUUUACACAGAGAGAGAGAGAGACAGCAAGAGAGAGUGACGUGUCAAUGAAUAGCUUGAAGCCUGCUGAUACGGCAAACAGAUAUUCAAUCAAAAAGCAGACUCCUGUCACAUCUGCACGAAACAGUAGGUCAACACAGGUCUUAUUAUUCACAUUAAUGAAGGUUCUCUUCU